AAAUUACAAGUUAGCAUUACAGACAGCCAUGAGGAGUGGGAAUGAAUCAGAAUCCACAGAUUUCAUCCUCUUGGGCUUUUUCCCGGAAUUUAAACACAUUACAGCCAUGGUCUCCAUCAUUCUCCUCAUCUACACCGCCGCCCUCACUGGCAACACUCUGCUGCUCCUCCUUAUUUGGUUGUAUUCCCAUCUCCACACACCCAUGUACUUGCUGCUCAGUCAGCUCUCCUUAAUGGACUUGACUUUGACAUCUAGCAUCAUCCCCAAGAUGGCGGUCAACUUCUUCUCCGGAUGGCGGAGCAUAUCAUUCUUGGAUUGUGGGACUCAAAUUUUCUUCUCCCUGACUGUGGCCAUUGCGGAAUGCAUCCUUAUAACUCUCAUGUGUUUUGAUCGUUAUGUAGCCAUAUGUGAUCCUCUCCGGUACCCUGCCAUUAUCAAUUCUAGGGUUUGCUUACAGAUGAUUGCCAUGUCUUGGGUUGGAGGGGCACUUACUUCCCUGGGCCACACAGCUUUUACCUUGCACUUUAAUAUCUGCAGCCCCAGAGAGAUUCCUCACUUCUUCUGUGAAGUCAUGGCUGUGCUUAGGAUCGUCUGUGAGGAUAUUUCAGCCUAUGAGAAGGCAGUGGUGAUAACAAGCAUACUGGUUCUGCUCCUGCCCUUAUCUCUCAUCUUGUCUUCUUAUGUUCUCAUCUUCCUUGCUGUACUCCGAAUGAACUCCCCAGAAAGUAGGAACAAGGCUCUGGCCACCUGCUCCUCACAUCUCUGUGUGGUGGGGCUCUAUUUUGGACCAGGUUUGUGCAUCUACAUGAGACCUGGUUCUGCCAAGACUCCAAAGUUAAAUCAGGGUCUUUUUCUGUUUGGAACGGUCCUCACCCCUCUCUUAAACCCUCUUGCUUACAGUCUCAGGAACAAGGAGGUUCUAAGUGCAUUGAAAAAGUUAAUGGGGAGGUCUCAGUCCUCUAGGUAA